AUGACUUCCUCACUCGCCCGAGUGUCAGCAAGCAGACCAGUGGACGAGGCUUGGUCCCAGACACACACAUAAACACACACCUGUCAUCCGUGAGUGGAGCCCCCAAAGAGCAGACGGUGAAAUUGUAAAGGACGGCAGAAAAACCUGAGAGAUACCUGGGAGAAAGACAGAUUUGAACAUGGACUUCCUCCUCAACUUCCUGUUUAGCCCUCUGCCCACCUCGGCCAUCGUCUCCCUGUUUGCCUUGAUGGGGGCUGCCCUGGUCUACCUCAACACCAGGCCUAAACCCCUCACUAUGCCUGCAGACCUCAACUGCCAGACCGUAGGAGUCAAGGAUGGAGCGAGGAAAAGUGCCCUGCAGGAAGAUGACAACCUGAUGUCGUAUUUUCAUGACGACGCCAGAACACUGUACGAAGUUUUCCAGAGGGGACUACAAGUCUCAGGUAAUGGACCCUGUCUAGGCUACAGGAAACCAGGGCAACCGUACCAGUGGCUGAAAUACAAACAGGUGUCCAAUCGGGCUGAGCACCUUGGGUCAGGGCUUAUCCACAGGGGACUGAAGCCGACCCCUAAUACCUUCAUUGGUAUCUUUGCUCAGAACAGACCAGAGUGGAUUAUCAGUGAGCUGGCCUGCUACACCUAUUCCAUGGUGGCGGUGCCCCUGUACGACACCCUGGGACAUGAGGCACUGGAGUUCAUUAUUAAGAAAGCGGACAUCUCCACAGUGCUGUGUGACAAACAGAACAAAGCCGAGACACUGCUGGAAAACUGUGAGAAGGGAGAGACGCCUGAGCUCAAAACCAUUAUCCUCAUGGAUGCCUUUGACACCGAGCUGACCGCACGGGGCGCAAAGUGUGGGGUGGACAUUCUGUCCCUGAAGGAAGUGGAGGCUCUGGGGAAAGACCAUCUACACAAGCCAGUUCCACCAAAGCCAGAGGACCUUAGCAUCAUAUGUUUUACCAGUGGAACUACAGGUGACCCUAAGGGAGCCAUGCUGACUCAUGAAAAUGUGGUCUCAGAUGCAGCAGGAGUGAUUAAAACCUUUGAGAUUUCCGUGGUUCCUACUACUCAGGAUGUGUCCAUCUCCUUCCUGCCUCUGGCACACAUGUUUGAGAGGGUUGUACAGACAGUGCUGUACGGUGCUGGGGCCAGGGUUGGAUUCUUUCAGGGAGACAUUAAACUACUGCCAGACGACAUGAAGAACCUGCAGCCCACCGUCUUCCUGGUGCCGCGACUUCUGAACCGCGUAUAUGACAAAGUCCAAAGUGGAGCCCAGACCCCCUUCAAAAAAUGGCUCCUGAAUUUUGCCAUUGACAGAAAGCUUGCCGAAGUUAAGGAGGGUGUCAUCAGAAAAGACAGUAUAUGGGACAAGCUCAUCUUCCACAAAGUUCAGGAGUCGUUGGGGGGACGUGUGCGAGUGAUGGUGACGGGAGCAGCGCCCAUCUCUCCCUCCGUUCUCAACUUCCUACGGGCAUCUCUGGGGUGUCAGAUUUUCGAGGCGUACGGCCAAACAGAGUGUACUGCCGCCUGCUCCUUCACUAUGCCGGGAGACGCCACUUCUGGGCAUGUUGGAGCUCCUAUACCUUGUAACAUUGUGAAACUGGUUGAUGUUGAAGAGAUGAACUACUUUGCUUCCAAUGGUGAAGGGGAGGUCUGUAUCAAAGGUAAAAACGUGUUCAUCGGAUAUCUAAAAGACCCUGAGAAAACAGCAGAGGCCCUGGACAAAGAUGGCUGGCUACAUACCGGAGACAUUGGCAAAUGGCUACCGAGUGGAGUCUUGAAGAUUGUUGACCGCAAGAAGAAUAUCUUCAAGCUGGCUCAGGGAGAGUACAUCGCCCCGGAGAGGAUAGAGAACGUGUACAUCCGCAGUGCACCUGUAGCCCAGGUGUUUGUCCAUGGAGACAGUCUUCAGGCCAGCUUGGUAGCCAUUGUGGUCCCUGACCCAGAGGUCCUGCCAGGUUUCGCCCAGAAACUAGGAGUCCACGGUUCUCAUGAGGAGCUGUGCAAAAGCCAAAAAAUCAAAAAGGCCAUUAUCGCUGACCUGGUCAAGCUGGGCCGGCAAGCAGGGCUGAAGUCAUUCGAACAGGUGAAAGACCUGUACAUGCACCCAGAGUUGUUCAGCAUAGAGAACGGCCUUCUCACUCCUACGCUGAAGGCCAAGAGGGCCGACCUCAAGAAGCUCUUCCAGCCGCAGAUCGACAGUCUCUAUGCUAGCAUGGAGUGACUGGUCUGAGGGGUAGAAGGAGGAUGAAGUAGGGCCCGAUGGGCAACAGCUUCACUUCCUGUUGACCUUUCAGUCAAUAAAUACUGUACAUUUUAUGGGAGAGAAUUUACAUGGGAAAUGUGUAAUUACUUUUGUUUCAUUAAAACAAGCACCACCACUAUCAGAGUACCCAUUGUUAGCACAUGAUUUAAUAAACACCAGAUAAUUACUGUAACAGUGGAAAAAGUUACAUCAAAGAAUAUGCUCGGAAUGAGAAUUUCUCAAUGAAAUUCACAUUGAAUCCAUGGAAUGAAAUUAUGAUUUUUAUAUUGACUCCAGAAUGAAGCAACAUUGUGAACUGUAUACACCUCAAGAGCAGCUGGUACUCCCAUAUAAAUAUCAUUCCUAGAAACAUAAUUCUAUUUUUAUGGGUCCUCAAAUUAGCCAUUUAUCAAUAAUAAAUAGCCCUGCAAAUGUAAUUGAUAAUGGAUAUGCCAUUAUGGUGACCUGGGCCCGUAUUCCUAAAGUCUGCCGUCCCCUCCAGCACUCCUACUCUGAAACACUUUGGGAAUACGGGCCCAAGUCACCAGUUCAACAAUAUCUCAACCACUGGAGGGUUACUGGUUUGAAUCCCAGCUCAGACAGGGACAUCUGGUGCAGAGUAAGCUGGCAACCAAAGGGUUGCUGGCAUCAUCUUAGAUACCAACAAGUGCCCUUGAGCAAGACACUUAACCCCCAAAUGUAUUAUUUAUAAAGCCCUUUUUUACAUCAGAUGUCACUAAAUGCUUAUACAGAAACCCAGCCUGAACCUCAAACAGCAAGCAAUGCAGAUGCAAUAAAGAUUUGCUUCAAGGGCCCUGCAAUAAGGCUGGUUCAUUGCUUCCAGCCCCUUCGGGUAUAAGUGUGUCCUAAAGGUUAGGUUGUGAGCCUGAAGACACAUUUCAAUUAUCUGUAAAUUAAUGGACAAUAAAGUACAUCUUGAUCUAG